AUGCUGCUGCAUGCAUUUUUCUGUUUCGGUGCCCUCGCAGUCGUUAUAUUUCCCUCUGAAAUACUCUGUAGUCAUUAUGGAGACAUCAAAGUGCUAAUUGGAGGCGUCGGGACUGGAAAAGUUGGAGAAAUAACAACAUUCAACGCUGUGGUUGUCACAAAACCUGACGCAAAGACAAGUCUUAAUGCGAGCGAAAGAGUCAAUUUCGAGUUUUCUUGGAAAGUUUCUUCAAAGCCAUGGGUAAUUUUAAAACACAAAAGAACUGCACGAAGAUGGGAUAACUUUCAGUGGCGGUGGACUGAAGCGGGGGAUCAUACGAUUUUUGUAUAUGUGCGAAUUUUUGAUGGGAAUGGCAACGAUUUAGCGCGUAAACAAAGACACCUCACAGGAUACAGUUCAUAUUUCGCUACAAACGAGACAAAGGUCACAGUUAGAGAAUCUGAUGGUGAGGUUCUAUCAACUCUUCAAAUGUGAAAGUCAGUUUCUUUAUCAACCCUUAUUCCGUAAAAGCGUGCCUUGAAAAGUAACUUUUUGAAAAUACCAGAAACUACAGAGAUCACUUAAAUUGUGGCUUUAGAUUGAUUCUUUUCUUUUUUUUUUCAUAAAUUUGAUUUGGAAAAUUUACUCCAGGCCAAUAUCUCAAAAAUGUGAACCCUAAAGAAAACAAUAUUAUUUUAAGCCACAAUUACGGAGAAUCUGAACUUCCUGGUAUUUUCACAGGCGGACCAUCCUGAACUGUUCGAGGCAUCAUGAUGUCACACGGGACAUGUGAUCCCAUCAGGGAUGUCAUGAAGAUUUCAAGUUGCCGGGUAAAUACGACCAGUAGGUGGGGAAUCAAAAAGCUAGGGAUUUUCUUUGGCUCUAUUUUUCUUCUACUUUCCUAUGAGAGUAACCGAGGACCAUGUUCAUAGUAGCUGAGGGAAAUUCCCAGCCCCCAGCUCUUAAUGGCAGCCCUGGAUCCCAUACAUUUACUUUAUUUUGUAACGCCUGUACUUGGCUUGAUUCAAGUGAUCGGUAGAAAUGCUUUAUGAAACACAGAAUUUUGCACCUUUCUAUCCCAAAUGUUGAUAUAAUGUAAGAAAAUAAAUAAAGAUAACUUACCGUAUGUUUUUAGUGUUGUGUUCUACAUUUUUGUGGCAUUUUCAAGCAAAAAACACAACAUUAAAAACAUAUGGCAGUAAUCUUUAUUCAUUUUUCUUACACUAUAUCAACAUUUUCAAGCAACUGAAAAUGCCACAAAAAUGUAGAACACAACACUUAAAUCGUACUGUAGUUAUCUUUAUUCAUUUUUCUUACAUUAUAUCAACAUUUGGGGUCAAAAGGUGCAAAAUUCUGUGUUUUAUGAAGCAUUUCUACCAAUCACUUGCAUCAAGCCAAGUGUGGGCGUUACAAAAUUAAGUAAAUGUAUGGGAUCACAUGUCGCGUGACAUCACAAUGUCUCAAAUAGUUUGGAUGGUACGCCUGUGGUAUUUUCAGAAACUUAUUUUUCAAGGGACGCUUUUCAUAAUAUGGUUCAGUAAAAGACUGACUUACCAAACAAGUUCAAAGUUGCUCUUCUUCCUGGCCCAUAUGAAUGACCUUCUUUAUCAUGUGACAUACCCGUGACACACACCUACAGCUGUAUGACACAUUCAGUCCAGACACUUCCCUUGGUUUCCUCAUUUCCUUCUUGGAGAGGACUUUUUUUAAUGGAGCCCUUCAAUUAUGCAGCCACAAGUUUAAUUUGUUGUUGGACAUCAGAUGAAUAAAUUUUGUCCUUCAACAUUUCUUAAUUUGUGUUUUGUUUUGUUUACUGUUUUUGUUUUGUAAAUACACACUACUGAUUGAAACCAUAUAUGCAUGAAUAGUGAAAAGAAAAAAAAAAUUCCAGCUUUGAAUAAGUUUUUUAGGCAUACUAGUCCAAAUAAAUUUCUUCAAGACAACAUAUUAUUGUCCCUUUAAUAGCUAUUAUAUGAAACAUUCAACACAGUGUUUCCAGCAUCAGUUUAAAAAGACUUGAAAUAUGUGACUUGUUUCUUGAUAUCUAGAUAUAGGACAAAAACACUGUAUCUCAUUUUUGAAAUUAUUAUAAUUUAGGUUAGGUGGAAAAUGAUUUUCAUGAUGUAUGUUGGUCUCUGAAUACAGGUGAAGACAAGAUUAUUGCAACUUUGGUUGCAUAUCAGAAUGCUUCUCUUAAAGGAGAUCAGAACAAGCUUUAUGUCGGAGCAGUGACCUUGGAGGUCAUAAUUCACAACUUUACACACCAAAAUCUUAGCAAUGUCACCUAUGACUGGAAUUUUGGUGAUGGAACAAACUUCACAAGCUCUCACUUGCAGAAAGUGAUUCACAAUUUUACAACAGUCAAAUCUUGUACAAUAGUGGUCAAUCUUCAUGGAUGGAUUCAGGGAAAGCUUUACAAAGGAAAGGCCAAUAAAACAUUGCAAUUUACAGGUAUGUGAUUUUCUUUUGCAAUGUCUAGACCAGUUGUCUGCUUACCUGUUUUUACAUAGCUGGAGAUUGCUUGCCUUAAAGUGAUAAAUACAUGUAGCUUAUCUUUACUUGGUGUGCAAACUGGAAUAAUAUAACAUCAGCUGUGAACUAACAAGAGGAAGCUCAUAGGGGCUAUUAUUAUGUUUUAUGACUUGGUAACAAUAUCAAUAAUCAACAAUGAAAAUUAAUACUUAAUACUUUAUUGAUAUUUUCAUCAACUCCCCAUAUUGCAUUAUGGAUUUCAGGGGCUUUCAGAAGGGGAUAUUGGAUUAUUGCCUGCAUUGCAGAUGUAAUGGAAUAGGUCAUUUUCAAAUUGCCUUAAUCCUUUGUUUCAGAGUGAAGCUAAGUGCAAAGCCGUGGAAAUGAAAAAGAUGUUUUAUUUCAUGAAAAAAUAACUAAUUUUCUUAAGAAAGGUUGUGCACUAACCCUUGUUUUUGUAAACUUGUACUUGUAAAAUGGCCUAUUUUAUGGUCUAUAAGUUCAUAAAACCUUUUGUUCUUUUCAGAUGAUAUUCAUUUGCACCUGGUGAUCAAAUGUUCUUCUGGGCCUAAGCUUCCUUCUAAUCAUCAAAAUGCAUUCCCUACAGACAUUCCUCUUGAGUUUGAAGUAAAUUUUAAAGAUCCUUAUAAUCUAAUAACAGGAGUUUCUACUGACUGGAAAUUUGGUGAUGGUUCCAAACCUGUGGUCAGGUGGAGCAAAAGAAGAAUUUCUCAUACAUUCCAUAAAGAAGGAAAAUAUUCCAUUUGGUUAACUGUCAGAGUUAAUACUAAGUUUCUGGGAAAGAAAUCAUUUCCAGCAGUUCUAAGGCAUCUCUAUGUGAAAGGUUGGUAGAUGUGCUUCACAAUUUUGCAAUGUAAAUUUUUUUUUAUGCAAUCGCAUUUGGACCAUAAAAUGUAAGAGUUUGGAAAUAUUCCAGGCUCUUCUACCUGUUAUCAUUGCCUCUCAUGCACUGUUAGAGAGUUUGCACUUUGUUAAUUAUUAUUCUGUUCCCUGUUAGCCUGUGCUUUUCACUAACAAGCCAAAUGAAAUAUGUUGAGGUGCUACAAAAUGGUAGUGUUUUGAUGUUGCAGAUGGAUGCAAUAACCAAAUGUUGUAAUACAGAAGACUGAAAAAGACAUGGAACAAUACCCAUGUGCCAAAAACAAAAGUGAACCAACAAUAGUUUUCACAACACAAAGAAACACGGAACAAAAUUAUUGCUUUGCUGUUUAUGUUACAGAUCCUGUAUACCUUAAAGUGAGACACAGACAUCUUGAACAUAAAGACAAGACAGUGAGAUUUAACAUUUCUUGCAAUGGAAGGCAAGUUAUUUUUACUACAAUCCUCUUUGACACUUGAGUGUUUUGUUCUCAAAUCAACUCACCAGGGUUCACAGACCAGUGGCGGAUCCAGGGGAGGGCCCUGGUACCCCCUCAUUUUUAAACCAUACUGAGGCCUGAGGGGCUGAAAAAAAAUUUUUUUGAGACCGCCCCCCCUUUAUCUCAGGGUCCUGAUGACCGAGUCCCCCCCCCCCUCCCCUCAUCUAAAAAUAUGGAUCUGCCACUGCAGACUUAAUAACAGGAAGAGUUUUAUAAUCUCAUUUUAAUACUUAAAGAACCUUUUAAUAAUUUAAACUGGAUUUUUUGAUUGCCAAAUUAUUUGGCAUUACUUGGAGACUGUUUGUCUAUUUGCCAAUACAUGAGCAAAUCUAUACUGAAAGCGGUAAAAGUACUUUCUAUUGCUCUACAACUUCUUCUAGAACAAAUAUUGCUCUUUGACGUCAUGUUUAAUAAGACUACCUGUGUUGUACUGAGUAAGUUGUAAGACCUUUUGUCAGAUCAUUACCAGAGUUGGCUUCACUGAAGUAAUUUUCAGGUGUAGCUUUUGUUUUGAGUUUGAAAACAGCAUUUUAGCUUCAGGACUAGUAAAUUAUGCUUGCGUAAGGUUUAUUCAGUAUUGACCCCAGUAGUGUUGUGAUCUUUGUUUUUAGUGCAAAUAUUUAUCAUGAGCUGCAAAUAAUGUGUCAGUGUUAAUUACUACACUCAUCUUAAUUUCAUUUCCGUCAUCUUUUUCAACAGUCUUCCUGUUUCCUUUCACUGGUGUGUCACCAAACAAUGCCAUCUUCCCCCAGGAGAAAUAUGCAGUCCUAUGAUGGAGUACAGAAACUCUUGUAGUUUAAUAGUGAAUCACAGAUUUAAUGAUGCUGGCCAGUAUUGUGUUAAUAUUGGAGUUAUGAAUGAUGUCAGUGGUACCAACACAUCUCUUAUGGUACAGAUUCCUGGAGGUAUGUUACCUGUGAAGGGUUCUUGCACAAACAUUGUGCCAGACUGGGCCCAUUUUAAACUGACUGGGUCGAAUAUCAACAAGUAAAUUUAGUGAGGGGAGAAAUGAUUAUGGACAUUCACGGUUUCAGCCUUGCUUUCUUGAUUUCCAGUAGUUAACAAUAUUCCUACACCAAGCUGUAGAUCAAUGAUAGUACCUGUAGACUAAAAUUUCAGACUUAAAUAAUGUACAAAGGUUGAAGGGAGACCUGUCCAUGUUCAUGUGGCAAAUAACUCUAAAGUUUAUGUUGUGUUAUGAUGGCUGACUGGAUUGAGCAACGAUUUUACAUCGAUGUUUAAAAAAAGAUAGACAUUUAUGAUUGUCAUCUUCUACUUAGAUUGCACUUUAUUAUGAUGUUAUUGAGAACUCCUUGCUGAUCAAGUAGAUCGAGACAGCAUUCUGUAAUUUUAUCAACAAGUGAUAACUCAAAACAUCUACUGUGUCAUGCCAGGAGCAGAAUUUUUGACAAGUUAUUAGAUAUACUUAAAUGGUAUUUGCAAUGAACUAUAAGAGUUAAAGCUAAAAGAGUUGUCUGUCCUUCUUAGGUGAUAUCCCAGCUCCUAAACACAACCACAGAAGAACAUCUUUAACAGGAAUAAUUGUAGCGCUCUUUGUCCUGUGCAUCUUAUUGAUUGCUGUAGCUGUGAUUGUGGCUCGAAAGUGGAUUUAUAGUAAAAGAAAAAAGACAGAAAAGGCUGACUUUGAAUUCAGAGAUCUGGACGCCUUGAGUGUGUCUUCAGUGGAAUUGUAUAGAAGGAAGACUUGCUUUGGACGAUGUGGAUCAAUUUGGAGCUCACGUAAAGCUGAAGAAAGAAUGCCUCUUUUUAGAGACACACAGCUGUAUACGCUCUAA